UACUAAACUCUGACUAGAUAGUUUGUUUUUUACCCCUUUUUUUCUAUCUUUCUUUUUGCGUCUGUGCGACAAAUUUACUAAAUUGUCGCACGAGCUUAGUAAAUUUGUCGCACGUAGGCAAAAGCGGGAAAAUUACUUCAGAUAGUCAUUUAAAUAGUCAGCAUUCUUCCCUGGCUUUGUGAGCAGCCCUGCCUUUGCAGACGCUGUCCUUUUGAGCUGUUUAAAGGGAAAGUUUGCAUUUUGGAGUGCUAACAUGGCGCAGGUUGCCUCAAAAAGAAAGGCUAAAACUAAAAAUCUUGUACCUACUCCUUCUGCGGUUGUCCAAAUAUUCGAGAGUAUGUCAGGGCCCACAGCUACUCUUGAUCAGGAUGCAGGUUCCUCCAUUCCACCUUCUUCUGAUUUGUCUGAUGUUGAAGCCUCUGGGGUCCAUUCAAUGAGGCGUAGUCGUGGCAUUAAGAAGAAAAAUUACACCGAUCAGGAGAUGGAGGUCCUUGUAGAUGAGGUUAUUGAAAAUUACAAGAUCCUUUUCCCGGGGAAAAAUGAUAAGUGCCCCAUGGUUAUCCGAAACGCGGCAUGGUCCAAUAUAAUGCAGAAAGUGAAUGCACUGGGAAUUUGUAAGCGAACUGUGCCAGAAUUGAAAAAAAAAUGGUCAGACUUAAAAAAAAAAGUGAAGGCAAAAUUAGCUGUCAUAGCAAGAUAUGCCCGCCAGACAGGUGGUGGUCCAUCAUGCCCUGAAAAAUUAACCCUGUUUGAGGAAAAGGUGGGCUCCACAUGUCGUCGGGAACAGAUAGAAGGGUUCGGAGAGGCCGAUGUAUGCAUGCAAGCAAUAUCGUCAUUUCACAUCCAGAGUCAAGAAUCUACCGCUGAAAAUGUGGAAGAAGAAAUUGCAGGCGAAAAUUCAGAACAUGCACACUCUGAGGCUGUGACGGGCCAAGAGGACAUUGGUGUUGUUGACGAAAAUGUGCCAUGUCACAGAGAGGAGCUAUUGUUACCCAGUGAUUUGGGUCUAAGUGCAAAUCAAACAACCUACAUAAAUGAUUAUACGAACCAACAUUUGCAAUUCAUGACCAGGGUAGAUCGUCGCUUUGAGGACCUUCAACUGGGCAUGCAUAAGUUAGCGGACGCUUAUUUGACUGGUUCCAAUCAGAUCCAAAAGGGUCUAAAUCAAAUUGCCCAGAUCUUACAGGAAACCCCCCAAAAAAACUAUGCAAAUGUAGCAUCAAGGGCAACAAAUAGACCACCAACAGGGCAAAACACUGAACCUGAAAAUGUAGACUCACAUAUACUCCAAGUAUCGCCUUCGUCCGAACAAACAAACAUUAGUGCCACAUCCAUAACCACAGUAAGGUCCAAUGCCACCCAUAGUAUUAGUUCGGGGGAAUCGAUUUUGGAGGAUGAGGAUAGCUCAUCUGGGCAACCAAUCGAUUUAACUUUACCCCUUCCCCAACUGGCUACUUUGCCUAAUCAAAAUGACUUAAAUAUGGAUAAUUAUGCACAUUGCAGUUCGUCCGCACAUUUUUUGAUCUCAUGUAAGAAAGAGCUUGCAAUGGAAGACGUUGCUGUUAACUCGGACUCAGUAGCCCCCCACACUUUGGGAUUGAAAAAAAAGUUAGGUCCAGGCCAUCAGGCUCAAAAUAGAUCUCAACCCCCCCCAAACAAAAAAGCUAAAAAAUAAUCCCUUUUAAAUUUAAAAUGAGGUGUGAUUGUUAGUGCUCUUUACCUUGUUUGUAUUUGGUUGUUUUAAUAAGUGUACGUCAAUGUUUUACCUUUAAAUAGUGUUUAGUUUUGAAUGGGGUCUCCAAUUACCAUAAAACCAUAAACAUGGCCAUGACAAGUUUGUGACUAAUAAAUUUUACGACCCUAAGAUAUGGUGUGACAAUUUUUUGGAUGUUUAUUAGCAUAGUCUAAAAAAACAGACAAUAAAAAUAUUUGCAUCCACAAACAUUACAACUGUAAUCAAGCCGUAACAAAAGUGCAUAAUUAAGUCAAUGCACAAACCAGAUUUCAAUAGAUCAUUUUUAAGUUUAUUCUCUGUUUACUCAACCUGUCUACUUAACUAGUUAACAAACACGGUUCGUUGUAGUCCCAAUAGCACAAAUUUAGAAAGUUGGGGCUUAACGGGAAAAGAAAUUGACCGCGAUUUCAUUUCUUUUCUCAUUACCAGCCUGUGAACUUUCAUGCCCCAUUACUGGUGGGCAGUCUAUGCUAGCACGGAGGUCGGAAGCAAUUUCGAUGGGAAUUUGAUGGAGGAGGGCAAUAUUGUGAAGAACUGCACAGGACAACACUAUUUUCCCAACCAAAACAGGGUUGUACAGCAGUGCCCCCCCUGUAACAUCAAGGCAUCUAAAGCGAGAUUUAAUCUGUCCAAAAACACGUUCUACCAGGCUUCGUGUUCUCUUGUGUGCAGUAUUGAAGCGCUGCUGGGCAUCUGUCCGUGGUGCAAGGUAUGGUGUAAGCAACCAAGGGCAUAACCGAUAACCGUUGUCACCUGUAAAGAAUUAAACAAAUUAAGGAUGGCAUCAUGACAACAUCAAAAAAGGUGAAUUGGCUUUUACUUGAAUUCUGUAAUCAGCAUGACCCUCAAGGAACCUUGAAGCCUGCCUUGUAGUGGUUGGGAUGCUGUUUUAAAAGAUUCUGACUGCAGGAUAAACGUUGUAGGAUUUCCCAAAAUUGCUUCCCGUAAAGUUUGAGGGAAAACGGUUGUUUUCUGCUCAAAGUCAGCUGCGGACAACUAGGGGUGAGUUCACAUAUAACAGUCGUUCUGCACAGUUUCCCUCCCGCGUGCAACGAAGGGAAACUGAUGCU